CCUACCGAAGUCCAUCAUUAUUCAUCUCUCUCUCUCUCUCUCUCUGCAUGAAGAAAAUCGAAGAUCAAAACAGAACAAGAAGCAAGCAAUUAACAUGACAACAAGCAAAGCAGGAAACUCAGCAUCAAUUGAAGGAACCCUUGAGUGUUGCAUGUGUGGUGAUUUUGGCUUCUCUUACGAGCUCUUCCAAUGCAAGGCCUGCCAGUUCAGAUCCCAGCACAGGUACUGUAGCAAUCUUUACCCAAAAGCAGAGUCUUACAGACUAUGCAAUUGGUGCCUCACCCAGAAAGAAGAAACAAAAGAAAAGUCCCAGAAUUCGUCAAAUUCUUCGUCUUCAUUUAAAAAAGAGCAAUCCCAUCAAGAACACCUUCAUCAAAAUCAUGAUCCCAAAGUCAAUAGGAAAAAGAAGAAUUCAACAAAAGCCAGCCAUGAUCAUGAUACGCAUGGUUCUGGUCUAAGAGGCAGCAUGAAGCUUCAGCCAAGUGGCCCUAUAAAGAAGCAGAGAUCAUUUGAUCAUCAUCAGAAUCAAGUUUCAACAUCACCAAAAUCUCCAUCUGUGGCCAGAAAGAGGAUCAUCACAAAUGGAGCAAAGGAGGAGGCUGAGAAGAUUAGGAGGACAAUAUCAGAAGAUAUAUCAAACAUAAACAGAAUCAAUAAUCGAGGGAUUACAAGGCAGGUAUUUAGGAAUAAGGUGAGGAGGUACAAGCUUCUGGAUGAGGUUUCAAGUCAAUGACCCCAGUUGACUUGGCUGCUUGCUAACAACUAUUCCCAUUUCCCUUUUUUCAAUUUUAUUUUCUAAGAGGCAAUGAAUAGAGAUAUAGACGCCCCAUGAAUUAUGGUAGGAUGCAAUUUGGUUCAACAUAUGUACAUAAGCUUUGGGGUUCAUAGGUGUAGUGGGAGGUGAUUUUGACAAUUAUUACUCUCUUAUCAAUUCCAUAUUACGUAGUAAUUUGCAAAUAAAUUUGAAAUUAUAAGAGCUUGGAUAGUUGCGUAGUUACUUUCUAAACAAGAACGAGACUUCUUACUCUAUCUUGGAACGAUCUAUUCAAGUUAUCUUUUAUUCU